CUGGCUUUCACAUAAAAGACAGGAAGCACUGAAGUCAGUCUCCACUUCCACUCAAAGGGCUAAAGCAAAAACAGCAAAAGAGGAAGAUGGCAAGACUGUUGUUACUUUUCCUCCCAGGUCUUGUGGCCAUAUGUGCCGUGCAUGGAAUAUUUAUGGACAGACUUGGUUCCAAGAAGCUGUGUGCAGAUGAUGAAUGUGUCUAUACUAUUUCUCUGGCGAGAGCUCAAGAAGAUUACAAUGCUCCAGACUGUAGAUUCAUUAACGUUAAAAAGGGGCAGUGGAUCUAUGUUUACUCAAAGCUGGUAAAAGAAAAUGAAGCUGGAGAAUUCUGGGCUGGCAGCGUCUAUGGCAACCAGUCUGAGGAUGAAAUGGGAACCGUGGGUUAUUUUCCCAGCAACUUGGUCCAGGAACAACAUGUAUACCAAGAAGCCACCAAGGAAGUUCCUACCACGGAUAUUGACUUUUUCUGCGAGUAAGAAGUUAGACAAAUUCACCGAUAGAAAGGAAACUUCAGAAAUAAAGGAAAAAAACAAAACAAC